CUUGACAUAACGGUGGUGUGGUUGAGGUCGCUAUGUUUAGAGCGGCCGGAAACCACGGCGGUGCACCACCACUCCGUGGCCGCGCCACGUAACCUUUCGCCACGCGCUCCUCGCUGACCCCUUCUCUAUCAAGUUGCUCCUCCUCCAUCUCCGAGAUAGAUCAAACCCUGUUCCCUCUCCGACUCCUCCUCCUCCACUCUCGCGUUCUCCUUUCUUGAUUUGACCCUUCAUCGUUUCUUCUGCGAUUCGAUUGCAUUACUCCUCCUCCUCCUCCAUGUCGUGGUUGAGAUCGGCCGUCGUUAAGGCCGUAGAGGUGGGCGGCCAGAACAACAUCACCCGCACCGUCAAGAGCUAUGCCGGCACCGUCGUUUACCACGCCGGGCAGGCCGUCACCGGCGGAGCCAGGAUCAUUCAAGAUCGCAUGGGCAUUCGAAACUCUAAAAGUUUCAAGCAAACUGUGAAAGGAUUGGAAGAUGCUGCCGUAUCCUGCAGGGGAAUAGAAAGAGUUGAGCUAUUGCAUAGAUGGCUAUUUGCUCUGGAAGAAAUUGAAAGGAUGCAUGGUAAUUCAGUUGAUCACAAAUCUCAUGAACGAUCUCUAUCAUCUGAGGAGAGCUACUCAUCUCCUAGAGAUGUUUCGUUGAAUCUAUAUUUUGAUUCUGAUAUGGGGGUUGAAUCCAUGUACUUCCGGGACGUAUUUCUCUAUAGCCAAGCUCUUGAAGGGAUUACACUGUCCAUGAUUCUGGAAGCUCCGAAUGAUGAAGAAGUGUCUCUGCUCCUUGCAAUAUUUGGAUACUGUCUGACAGGAGGUAAGGAAGUUCAUAAUGCUAUUAUGAGCAGUAUACAGGACAUGGGCAAAGCUUUUUCAAACUAUCAAGACGAAGUAUUGGUGAAGCGGGAGGAACUGCUUCAGUUUGCUCAAGGUGCAAUUUCAGGACUAAAGUUAAAUGCUGAUAUAUCAAGGUUAGAAUAUGAAGUCAAAAAGCUUCAAAGGAAGGUUGAUGGGAUGGAAGUGUUGCAGGUCUCCUCAGGUCAAGAUCAUGUUGGUACAUCAGAAAGGACAACUGCCUUGGUGGAGGUUCUAAAAGAGGCACUAGCAGAAGUUUAUCUUUGCUCUAGAUUGGAAGCACUGCUUUUAAGGAAGAAAAGCAUAAAAAAUGGGGAGUCACCAGAUAUUCAUUCUCAAAAGGUUGAUAAGUUGAAAGUUCUAGCAGAAUCUCUUGCCAACUCGUCCAUAAAAGCAGAAAAGCGUAUCCUAGACCACAGACAUCAGAAAGAAGAGGCUCUCAACUUUCGCAUAGCUAAAGCCAAUGAAGUUAAUGAAUUUCAGAAGGAAUUGCUUUCUGAGAUUGCUGGACUAGAGAAGCAAAGAGAUGGACUUGAGGCUGAACUAAAGAAGGUUAAUGUUUCUCUGGUAUCUGCUUUUGCACGACUCAAGAGAACUAGGGAAGAGAGAGACCAGUUUGAUGAAGCAAGCAAUCAGAUUGUCAUGCACCUGAAAGCAAAGGAAGAUGAGCUUGCAAAAUCAGUUGCUUCAUGUAAAGUAGAAGCUGAUAUUGUCCAUAUCUGGAUUAAUUUCUUAGAAGAUACCUGGCAGCUUCAAUCUUCAUACACAGAGCUAAAGAACAAGCAGAUUAGUGAUGACUUGGAGAAAUAUGGGAAUUGCUUUUUAAAGUUGAUCAAGUAUCACCUUUCUUCAUGCAAGGAUGAACUGAAAUCUUCUAUUGCUCACAUCAGCACAUAUGUGGAGAACUUGAAACAAUUUAAUGAUAGGUCAGACUUGACUCAGAAUUCCAAUAAUGAUUCAUCUAAAGAUUCAGACUCCAAAAAAUAUUUUGAAGAGGAAUACUUGGCAACCGAAACAAAGAUUGUGACUGCCUUCCACGUGGCUGAUCACAUGAGGGGGCUAUUUUAUACUGAAGGGGAAACAGGUUCCAGGAGAGACGAUCCGGAAGUGACGGAACUAUUUGAAUCGAUUGAGAAGCUGAGAGUGGACUUUGAAUCCAUCGAAAGACCUAUUCUGGAGAUUGAAAUUCUUAAGGAAACGCAAUCUGACGAGAGACUGCAAAAAGGUCCUCUGCCUGCUGCUCAAAUCACUAGUUCACCAAGACUUGGAGGUGUCGAGUGGACAACUGACGAUCUAUCAGAUACGGAGUCAGAAAUCGCCAAACUGGAAAUGGAAUAUGGAAAAGCAGGCAUGCAUUGCUCAACCGAUGAGAUUGGAAGCUGGGAAUUUGAUGAUCUCGAUCAUUAACCGAGUCUGGGUCGAAGUAAUAUAGAUGUCUUGCAUGCUGUUUAAAUUGUCAUAUGGUGAAUGAUGAUGCUCAUCAUGAUCUGCGACCUGUGAUCGACAGACAUCCGCAGAUCUGCUUUGACACCACAAGUCUAAAAGAAUAAGGUACUUAAUUGUAUAUUCUUUUGUAUAUCCAUUGUUAUCAUGGGGGCUCCAUCUCCAUUUUUGCAAUAUGAAAUCUGUAUUUUUGAAC